GGAAGUGAAGGAGCCAAGGGAGGAGCGACUAUAAACGGCAGAACAUUCAACACUUGGUCGUCGUCUUCGCCUCUCAUCGCAGGGUUUUACAGACUUCUUCUCUAAGGAAACAGAUCCGUAUCAGCAAUGGCUGUCGAGGGGGGAAUGAAAUGUGUCAGGUUCCUGCUUUUCUUUUUCAACUUCAUUUUCUGGCUAUGUGGCCUAGCAUUGAUUGUCGUGGGAAUCCUGGUUCAAGUGGGAUUUCACAAAACCUUGCUCAUCCACGAUGUGUCGGCCUCAGCAGCUCCCGUUGUAAUCAUUGCAAUCGGCGUGGUGAUUUUCUUCAUCGCCUUCUUCGGCUGCUGUGGCGCCUGGAAAGAGAACUACUGCAUGGUCACCAUGUUUGCCGUUCUUCUCUUCCUGAUCAUUCUUGUCGAGAUUGCAGCAGUAAUCGCUGGAUACGUAUACAGAAACAAACUGUCAAAUAUCGUCGAGGAUAGCCUCACCGACAUGAUUUCUGGUUACAAGAACGGCACAGAUGAAUUCAGAAGCACCGUGGAUAAACUGCAGGAGGAUUUGAAAUGCUGUGGUGUAAACAGUUCUUCUGACUGGAGAAGCUUUGGAGAUGAUGGAAACUCUGUGCCUGACUCAUGCUGCUUGACUCUCUCAACCAAGUGUGGAAUCGGGGCCAUGACAGACGCUGCCAAAGUGUACCAGAAGGGUUGUCACGAUGCGUUGGAGGCUUUUCUGAAGAAAAACAUCCUGUGGGUGAUCGUUGCAGCUCUUGUUAUUGCUGGCCUGCAGAUUUUGGGCAUCGUGUUCUCCUGCAUGUUGAUGAGAGGCAUCCGCAGCGGCUACGAAGUCAUGUGAUUCAUCUUCACACCCGAGUAGGAGUUCUGUUCGGGUCGCGCUUAUUGGGAUCUUCAUUUGGAAACUUAAUAUGGUCAUUCUAUACUUCAGAUAUAAUACACAGAACAACAGAUGUACUUGUGUAUUGAUUUUGGAUUAUAUUUUCAUAGGUUAACAAUAUCUUUGCUUUGAUAGUGUAUACAUUUUAUGUUUGUUGAUUAUGAGGCAUAUUAACACUUUUAAUGGUUAUGUUGAAAGACUUAAGAUCUGUUUUUAUGUGUUGCUGUUUGCCAGUUUUUAUUAAAGACUCUUUAAAUUAUUUCUGAAUUAAUUGAAGUGUAAAUACAAACAUGGAAAAUAAAUGCAUCAUGAAAGUUAUUUAUUUCAAACAAAGUUCCAUUACAAUGUAUAUGAUAGGCACAGCAACACAACAUUCAAAAACUGUUGAGCAAAUUAUAUAUAUAUGUAUAUUACACAGAAAAUAAUUUUGCAACUCGUAUUUCAGAUGUAUUGCACCAGUCUUUGCGAAUGGCACAGGAAGAAAAUUAUAUUUCCUAUUUGACACCUUUUAACACCAAACACUUGAAAUUAUGUGCUGAAGUGUAUACAUAAAUCAAAUUAAAUAAAAGUGCCAUCACUCCUUUUUUUCAGAGCUUGUGAAUGCUGUGCUGCACAACAAAAAGUAAUUUGAAUUACAAAAAGUUGUUCAGCUUCUCAACACUCAAACAAGCCUCAAUGUUUUUGCUUUUUUCAAUCUCAAUAAAGGAUCAUCCAACAUUU